CUUGUUUUAUUCAUAUGGCGCGUACUUGUAGGGGUGCGUUUACGGUAUUUUGCGGCUAUCUGCGUUGAACAACGCGCUCUGUGACGUGUGUUUGUGCGUCUUUAGAAAGUCGAACGCAUCAAAUGCACAAAGCGCCGUAUUGGAGCCAGCUGAACAAGUGCCCUGCUGAAAAGCUGUUUUUUUGUCUUCAAAUUUGCCUCCCUUGGUUGUGAUGGCAACUCCGAGGGAGCGCGCGCUGGUUGCGAAGUCGCUGGUGUUAAUGUUACAGGCACUGCGAGGACGCCAGACUACGAUUGAGCUGCGCAACGAACUGAGCGUCUGGGGCACCGUUGAAAAUGUGGACGCGUUCAUGAAUGUAGACCUGUGUGAUGCAACUGUGGUCGGGCCCAAUGGCGAGAAGACCUACACAAGUUUCUUUGUUCAAGGCCGCCAAGUGCGCUAUGUGCACAUUCCAGAUGACAUUGACAUGGUAGCUGCACUCCAACUGCCGACUCCAAGGGCACAGCGAGAUCCCGAAGGGCCCGUCUCGGCAGCUGUCAUGCGGACACGACUACUACGAGAGAAGAUUCGGCGGCAAAAGCAGGACAGGCUUCUGUGGAGCACCAAAUCCCCCAAAGAACCGCAAUAUAAUUCCUGAAGAAUGUUGCCCGUUGACUGUUGUCCAAUUGGAAGAAAGUUCCUCUUCUUUAAAGUUGUUGUGUAUGUACAAACUAAACAUCAGAAAUGGGUAUUGCCAAGCUGCAA